AUGUCAAUUGAUGUGCGCAAUGCCAUUCUACGAGGAAUUGAACAAGGAAUGAAACAAACCGAACUAGCAAGACUUUUUCACGUUCAUAAAUCAACUAUUUGCCAUUUUCUGAAGAGAUUCUCCGCAGAUGGAGUGAUUGCACCAGCGCCGAUUCCAGGACGAAGCCGGAUGACCUCACGACUUACCGACAGAAACAUCCUCCGAUUAAGUCGUGGCAAUCCCAGGCUCACUUCCACCGACAUCCAAAGGGAACUGGCCGUUGCCAGUGAACAAAUUCCGUCGACAAGAACUAUUCGGAGACGUUUACAAGCUGCCGGGCUAAAUGGAAGGCGUCCUGCGAAGAAGCCGUUGAUUUCGGAGAAGAAUCGUGGUGCUCGUGUCAGGUGGGCACAGGAGCAUAUCGGUUGGACUCGCCAGCAAUGGAAUAAUGUUCUAUUUUCUGACGAAUCCAAGUUCAACCUGAUGGGAAGUGACGGGAUCAAGUAUAUCAGACGUCCACUCGGCAGAAGAUUCGAUCCUUUGUAUCAGCUGCCCACUGUGAAGCAUGGUGGAGGGAACAGAGCCUGGAAAAGUAUCCCACAGUCUUUCCUCGACACUUUGUUAGAUUCGAUGCCACGAAGAUGUCAGGCUGUCAUUGAUGCUAAGGGGUUUGCAACAAAGUACUAG